UUGUGUCAAAGUGUUGCUGCCUCUUGUCACAGAGAGAACGGUUCACUUAAAUGCAGCUGCGGUACUUCUGUGUGAUACCUGUCAGAGCCAUUCCCAGUGCGAGGUUGGGUUUGUGACCAUGAUGUCAAGAUUUGUCUGUCUUCUUUUCUGUGGAUAUAUUGCACUAAACCUGGGAAAUACUCAGAAAUUGCCUAGAGUGAAAAGGCAGAGUCUGAAGGUUCAGAUCAAUGCAACAGAUGACACUGUUUGCAUGAGGUAUCUUCGACCAAGUCAAAGCACCAAACUAGAAGGUUUUGUCCUGGGUUAUGGAAGCAACUUCUUUUCUAAUCAGUACAUUCCUUUACCUUCAGAAGGAAAAAACUACAUAACAGAACUUGAUGCAGAGCCACGGUAUUUGGUUUCAGUAAGACCAGCACGUGUUUCAAAUAACAAGAAAUCUUGUUCAGGUCGGAACAAGACACAAAAGCCUCUGCAGCUGGUGGUUGGCACCCUCACCCCAACCUCUGUAUUUCUCUCUUGGGGCAUCCUAGUCAACCCUCAGCAUGACUGGACAGCAACAAGUAACUGUGCUAGUGACAGAUUCUACACAGUUCGCUACAGAGAAAAAGGUAAAGACAAGAAAUGGGUUUUUCAGCUCUGCCCAGCCACAGAGACAGUGAUUGACAACCUGAAGCCAAACACACCUUAUGAAUUUGGAGUUAAAGACAAUGCAGAGGAUAGUAUUUGGAGCAAGACUUUGAAUCAUAAGACAGUUCUCUCAAGUAAAAAAGUAAAUGGACAAAUCCAGAAUAUGUACAAGUUGGUACCCAAUUCCCAAACACAGAUUAUAUUUAGUGAUAAUAAGAAGUUGGUCCCUGUCACAAUAAUCAAACAAAUUAUUCAAAAUCGGACACAGUCAAAAGCACCAGAUAGUUCUUCUCUCCCAGGAGCAAUAUUAGUGCACCUUAUUGUUCCAGGUCUCAAUGAAAGUCAGCAGAAACUUCCUCCUCUCCUGACAAUAGAUGACAUACCUCAAGCAUCCAGGAAAAAACUGGCUAAGAAUGAAACUGGAGUAUGGCCUGCUGAAUCCAAAACACCAGAAGUUCAAGAAAUCUCCCCACAGUCCCUUCCAGCUCAGGCUGAGAAAACACACGGACCUGAAGAUUUUAAAUCAACGCCUAAACCCAAAUUGGUGCAAACUCAAAACAUACCUGCUUCUAACGAAAUACAGCUACUUCCUUCUGGAUCCAGAAUCCCUGAUGCUCCAAAAAGUCCAUUGACAGAACUUGCUACUCAGAGGCCAGCCUUGAAACCCAUAUCUCUACCUUCUGCAGAAACGAGAGAGAUGGAAAAGGCUUUUGAGAAAAAGCAGACUGUUUCUUCAGGAUCCAAACCGUCUGGUACCAUGGAAGUGCAACCAACCCCAUCCGCUUCACAUGACUAUCUUCAUGUUAUUUCUACUCCCCAAACUUUUACAUCCUCAGAAAUACCUGGCACUGAUUUAGGUGAAAGGAAGCCUCUUUCUUCAAGAUUCACAACAUCUGGCAUGCCAGAAGUGCCACCAAUCUCAGCUGCGACCAAGAGACCAGACCUGGGAUCGACCUCGCCUGCUUCACGGGAAACCACAAGGAAGGCUCCUCGAAGACCAAGGCCGAAGUCCAGCACUCCUUCCUCCCCGGCAACUCAACAAACUGUGAUGGCCUCACAUGUCUUUCUUCAUGUUACCUCGGCUCCCCAAACUACUACAUCUGCAAAAAUGUCAGAGCAAGAGACUGCUACCCAGGGAUCAGGCCUGAAAAGCACUUCUCAUCCCUCCAUGGAAACCAGAGGGAGCGUGAUGGCUUUUGAUGAAAGUCAGCACAUUUCUUCAAGAUCUGAAACAUCUGGCAUCCAAGAAAUGCCAUCAGCUGCACCUGCUCUCCCGAGGCCAGUUCUGGAGCCCACACCUUUCCCUUUCCUGAAAACCACGAGGCCUAUGAUGGUUACUCAGAGACCCAAGCUGAAAUCUACUUCUCCUGACCUUACAAGCCAAGGAACAUUAGAGGCGACCAAGAGACCAGACCUGGGAUCGACCUCGCCUGCUUCACGGGAAACCACAAGGAAGGCUCCUCGAAGACCAAGGCCGAAGUCCAGCACUCCUUCCUCCCCGGCAACUCAACAAACUGUGAUGGCUCCACUGGACUCUAAUCAUAUUAGUUUCCUGUCCCAAACUUCUGCAUCUGCAGAAAUAUCAAAACCAGAGACUGUUACAAGUUCAGCUGACCUGGAAAAAUCUCUGCCUCCACUUUCCAGAACACCUCAUGUGCUAACAACAACUGCGGUUUUCGGUGGUAUUCAACCUGUUCUUUCAACUCCUGUGGCACCUAGUAAGCCUGAAAUAGCAGAAGCUGGACCAGCAGCAAGAAGUGAAUCCAUUCUGGAAUCUUUCACACCUAAAACUUCCCGUCCUUUUCAAUGGCCAAGGGUAACAUUAGCUCCAAAAGAAAUACCACUUAUUCCUUCUAAACCGAAACCAUCUUCUGCUACCCCAGAAGUACAACCUGUGAAACCUGCCCCUAAACCACCACUUUUGGAGCCUAAAACUUCUCAGACUGUUGAGCAACCAAAAGCAACCCUAGCUCCUAAGGAAGCAAAACGCACUACUUCUGCACCUAAACCUAGACCAUCUGCCAGACCCCCAAAGCCACGAACUAAACCUGCUCCAAAGGAGACUCAACGUGUUCCUUCUAAACCCAAAACUCCACCCAAACCUCACAUCCCACAAGCCAAAGAUGUCCUGGAAUCUAUAACACUUAGAACUGAUCAACUAAAACCAACAAUAGUUCCUAGAGAACCACAGCGUGUUCCUUCCAAACCUAGAACAUCACCAAGCCCAGAGGUGCCACGAACAAAACCUGCCUCUAAAGAUACAUAUCACAGGCCUUCCAAACCUAAAACAUCACCCAGUCCACGUGUUCCUCCAACUAGAGCAAGUCCAAAAGAAAGUCGACGAGUCCCUUCCAGGCCCAGGGCAUCACCAAGUCCAGAUGUACCACACACAAAACCUGCUCGUAAAGAACCACAGCAUAUUCCUUAUAAGCCUAGAGCAACUCCCAUCCCAGAUGCUCCAUACAGGAAGCCUGAGAUUCUUCCAACCUUUGAUGAACGAGAUGCUACUAUGAUUCCUCAUAUUCCUGACAGAACAAAGGCACCAUUUGCUCCAACUGAAAAACCAUUCAUUCACACCAAAAGAAAAACAACUGAAAGACCAAGAGUGCCAUACACCAAACCUGCAAUAUAUCCGACAACUCCACAACCAAUUAUUACAAAAUCUUCUACUACCACUGGUCAUUCAAGGGCAACAAUGGCUCCAAAAGAAACACUGCUCAUUCCUUCCAAAUCCAAAACAUCUGUUGGGCCAGAAGCACCACAAACUAAACCUGCUCCAAGGGCAACACACCUGGGAUCAAUUAACCUUGUAACAGUUCAUGUUGUUGAUGGGUCCAAAAUAACUUUGGUUCCUGAUGAAACAUACCGCAUUUCACCCAGGCCCAAAAUUGGUCAAGCAACUGAAAUUCCUUGGUUCCAUACAGCACCUCAUAAAACUCGUCUCACUUCUGCAAGACCAAAGCCAUCGGAUAAAUCACAGACCAGACCUGCUUUUAUUAAAACCACACCAGCACCAGCCAGAACAAAAGCAGCUGGACUGCCAACAACAGAUUACUUUUAUACACCUGAGGCUACUGCCAGACCAAUUGACAUGGGUGUCAAAAGACCUCCAGAACAUUUUGAUACCUGGCAAAAACCAAUUUCUGUGACUUCAUCACCUGGCCCUCAGCACCCUCCUAUACCUCCUGCCAGGCCUACACAAAUGAGAAGAAAACCUCUGCCUCCUAACACCGUGACUGGUAAACCAGGGAGUCCAGCUAAGCCUGCUGGACCAACACCACCUGUGAGGACAGGAACAUUAUAUAAGACACCAACAGCUUUUGCAACUCCGGAGUAUUAUGUUGAUGAAACUGUCUUCAGCUCAAGUCCUACAUCAGAAACAGAUUCUUCAGGAAAACCAAGGUACCAAGCUCCCCAUGUCAAGUACAUGAAGAAAGAUGAUGAUGUGCCUUGCUCCAUCACAAGCUCUCUUGAACAUUUUCCUCAAGAAGAAGUUGGCAGCAAGGAAGAACCCACUCGCCCUCCUCAAAAUCCUCCAACCAACCUCACCGUGGUGACUGUAGAGGGCUGUCCAUCCUUUGUCAUACUGGAUUGGGAAAAGCCAGACAACGACACUGUUACUGAGUAUGAGGUUGUAUCAACUGAAAAUGGAGGAAGUGAUGGUGAAAAGGAGAAAUCAAUUAUCACGACAAAUCAAACCCAUUCUACAGUGGAAAACCUAAAACCUGACACAAGUUAUGAAUUCCAUGUGAAGCCUAGGAACCCCCUUGGCGAAGGUCCAAGUAGCAAUGUUGUGGCAUUCAGUACUGAAUCAGCGGACCCAAGAGUGAGUGAGCCAAUUUCAAUGGGCAAAGAUGCUAUCUGGACUGAAAUACCAUUCAAUUCAGACACAUAUUCAGAAUGCAAAGGCAAACAAUAUGUAAAGAGGACUUGGUAUAAGAAGUUUGUAGGUGUGCAGCUGUGCAAUUCUUUGAGAUACAAGAUAUACCUCAGUGAUUCACUUACAGGAAAAUUUUAUAACAUAGGAGACCAGAGGGGCCAUGGAGAAGAUCACUGCCAAUUUGUAGACUCAUUCUUAGAUGGAAGGACAGGACAGCAAGAAGAUCUACCAGUCAAAGACGGCUUUUUCAGGGCAGUUCGUCAGGAACCCGUCAAAUUUGGGAAGAUAGGCGGGGAGACUCAGAUUAACUACGUCCGCUGGUACGAGUGCGGCACAUCGAUACCUGGCAAGUGGUAGAUGCCACGUGAGGUCGGUGCAGAGGCCCAGCCCAGCUGCCCAGCGCAGGCUGCAGGAAGGCAACGCUUACGGUGCGCCCGGCACUUCGGUGUUGGCUGACGUGCGAGGCUUGUGCCAGUCUAAUGCCAAUACUGCAUUAAUUGUGUAAUAGUGUAGGCUGCUUACUGUAGUUAUCCAGUGUUACAAACUUGUUUUUAGAAUAAAAAGAAACACAGGCUAGGGACAUGUUGUAGGAUAAUGUAUAGGGAAGCUGGCUCCCUAUUCUUGAGGUAUGGUUUAUAUGGUAUUUUAAAAGAUACAGUGUGUAUAUUAUUUAUCACGAUGUUGUAAUAAAUGUUCAAGGCACAGAUAUGCCAGAGUUGGUCAUGGAAUGCAAUGUGCGUUAGUUUUUAAAUAUUCACUGGUCCUGUAAUGCAAGUGCCAUAAGCUACCCAUCCUAACCCACCUGUAACAUCUCCCAGUCGUAAAUUAUAGAAAAGAUCCUAUAAUUUUUAAUAUUCUGCAGCCAGUAAACUUGAAGCACUUUCUCCUUACACAUAGUUUAUGCUCCUGCCAAAACGCCGAGGCAGGUUGCUGUAUGUGCAGCUUUAAAUGAUCAAGUUCAGUGGGGUUUUCUUCUGUGUUUGUUUUCAAAUGUGUCAGCCCCAGCCAAAGCCACGUUCAGCCUGCCACGGUGGAGUCAGCGCCGCUGCCCGUGAGCCUGGCAGGGAGGGCUGGUGCUCUCUAAUUGAAGUGGACAGGUACAUAUGUACAUGGAAUGAAGAAACAAAGCUGGCCUGGCUGCAAUGAAAAACCCGGCUGGGGUUUUUCAGGAAAAUGCAGUUUUCAGAGCCUGACACUUACUGCUUCAAAAGCCAAAUGUACGUACCGUGCAAGGGAACUUGGGAAGACAAAUGAAAGAGGAAAAAGAAUAAACUAGUUAUAACAGCAUGAUCACGUUUAUUUAAAAGGAAAAAUUCUGGUUUAAAACAUUUUUCAUUGGGGACAAAGGGGAAAUACUGAUAACUGAACUUUGAAAUUGCUUUACAUUUAUUUUGAUUAAAACCUCUCCCAAAGCUACUUGUUGUACCGCUUGAACAUUUACGAACUAAAUAAAGAGAUGUAGGUUUUUUUAAAGGUGUUAUUCAUUAUCUUACUAAUGUAUUGAAGAAAUAUGAACAGGAACACCCAGAUCUAUAUAGUAGUCAUUUAUAGAAAAUACCUUAUAAAGUACAUUGCAGGUACACUGUACUCCUAAUAAAAUAUUUUUUAAUCAA